UCGACCUCCCGCACAACAGUCCAGCGCUCUAUCCAUUGAGCUAACCGGGAGGCGGUUAGCACUUUUCUUUUAGGAGUGCAGAUACACUUUAACUUCGCUUAUUCAGUUCUCCACGCCUGAUCAAACUUUUACCCGUCUAGAAAAACGGAAGAUAAUUUGAAUAGUACGUCUCGGCAUCAGCGGCCCACCAAGUGCUUGUUAUUGAAAUGAGUACAGGGUAAUUAACAGCGCCGACGCGACAUCAGUGCUAUUGAAUGCUAUGCAAACAGUUCUAUGAGAAGUCGCCUGACACAAUAACCACAAAUUAACACAUAAUCAGCAGACAAGGAGCAUAACAGACCAUCUGGUAUUUCGCUGGACGCGUAGACAUGGAAAAAGCACAAGCUAUCGGCGAUGGAGCCAAGAAACCAAUUCUGGUCAAACUUGUUCUUGUGGGCAAAGUUGGCGUUGGAAAAUCAGCAAUGAGCGUGAGAUUUUUGACCAAGAGAUUCAUCGGCGAAUAUGACCCCAACAUCGGUUCAAUAUAUCACCAUCAUGCCAGAUUGGAAAAUCAAGACGUCCGUGUAGAGAUCCUUGAGUCUGGAGGCAAGGAUUAUCUUGAGAAUAAUGACGUCCAUGCUCUGUGGGGAGACGCUUUUGUCCUAGUUUACGCUGUGGACGAUCGAACUAGCUUUGAAGAACUUGCUGCUGCUGGGAAUCAUCUGCAAAACGUGCGAGAAGCUGACCAUCCUGUUCUGGUGUUGGUGGGAAAUAAAGGAGACGUAGGGAGCGAUCGAGUUGAAGUAUCGAAACAAGAUGGAAUUCAGCUGGCUGAAAAAUUGAACUGUAUGGCCUUUCACGAGGUUUCCACUAAGGCGAGCUAUCAAGACAUCGAAAAUGUGUUUAUUGAAGCUAUCCGAGAGACAGUGAAGUAUAAAAUGACUCAACAGGCUCUGAACGGGGCAAGAAGAUCAUCUCACAGCAAAAUUAUGGAAAUGGUAGAGAAAAACGUGAGUCGAAACAGGGCCAUGUCCAGUCUUAAGGAGACCAUCGACGAGUACUGCGCUACACGAACUGAGGAACUGACUCGGGGUUUGUCCCGUGAUCGAAGUACCACUUUUACAUGAGACGCGUAGAUCGAUUAAUGUAAGUUUGUUUACGAUUUGUGGGUCAUUGACAGCAAUAAAUAGCACCACUAGUAUGGAAAAAAGGUAGACGAGUGAGGCAGUAUUGCAACACAUUUCAAAUUUCAGAUCUGGCAAUCGUUGACGUUUAUUUGACCAGAAGAUUGCAUGUGAUGGGAUGUCUGUUUGUUGGGCCUUGAUUUCGCUGUCAAAAGACGCACUCAAUGGACCCAAAAAUGUUUGGGUGGGAAAUAGAGGAAAAAGUUUUAUUUUGGAAAUUAUUGCGUUCUGGGAGCACAAGUGCUGUAAAAUGCAUGCUGCAUUAAAACAUUAAAUGACUAACAAUAGUAAGAAAUAAACAAACGAUGACUAGAAGAUAAAAUUUAAAAAUCAAAUGAGUUAAUGCGAUGUUUUAAGGAGGCAGUCAUGGCGGAAGGUGUAUUUUUCCUACCGUUUUUCCCUCGCUCCCCUGUCAAGGUUGAGACGCGGAAUCGUGUAUUCAUGCAUCUUUUAUUUGUUCUUUUUCUUUCAAAGACUAAUUAAUUACUAACUGAUGAUAGAUUCUAUACGAAUUCAUUGACCUAGAACCUUACUGUUCAAGAAAAUAAUUUCACUUACAGAGUUGUCUCCAGCAAUUUUUCGGGUAUUCCGAGAGUCUCAAUGGGGCGGUUAAACUUUAGCCGUAAAACGGGAGCAAAAUUAAACAGGUAGGCGUAAAAAUGGACAAUUAUUUACGCGAGUCUUGAGA